AUCAUAUUUCAAGGGGAUUCGAUGGUAGGAGACGUGGGUUUCACGCUAAUGAUGAAGAACGAAAUGUAUGGCUUGAAACGUCCAUCGGUUCUCUACCGGUGCAAGUCGUCUGGCAAAUCCCUUCGGUGGCACGUAUCGAUUCCCCAUGCGGAAUUUACAUGGGAUUUUGAAGUCCCGCCAUUUGGAACCGGCGUGGUCAUCCACCGUUGUGAAUUCAAGUCAAGCCAAGGGACAGCGGAGGUUGAGAUUAAGACGUUGUCGAUGACAUCUACGUUGUGCGGAGGGCAUUUGUGUAAAUAUAUCAUUAGGCCGAAUGGUGUAUACUUCGUUGGUUUUGAGACCUAUUAUCCGCACAAUAUCUUGUUAAGAUUUCUUGAGUUCGUGAGGCCUGUUGACAAGCUUGUCGAGCCAUGGAAGGCGUGGUCUCCACGGCAGCUAAAGGCUUUGCGGGAACGCACCAGCAACAGAACCAGGUCAGACGAUGAAAAAGAUGUUGAUGAGGACAAGGAAGACGAUGAUUAGGACAGAUCAUUUCUGUAAUGUCGCUUACCAAAGUAGCAAAACGUUUUACUAAAAAAAGGCAAAGAAAAACCUAAGAAAGAGAACAAAACGUU